AAAUUUUCUUGAACAAAAUAUAGAUUUUUUUUUUUAGUAGAAUAAAUUGAUUCGAUUUAUACACUAAUGUUGUUACAUUUCCAAGAAUCUUCAUCCCCUUUGCGCUCGAUAUCUUUUCUUGGAAACCCAUUUGCUUAAUUUCAUUCAAGGGUGAUUAAUAGUAUUAUACAUACAGCUCAGAAUAAUAUAGAUACAGUGAGAGAGGAUGGAGAUCGAUAAAGCAGUGAGAGAAAGCGAUGAUCAGAGGUUGAAGAACAAGUACAACAACGCCAUCUAUGUUAUUCGAAGAGCUCUUGCUCUUUACUCGAUUGAAGAGGUUGCCUUUAGCUUCAAUGGAGGAAAGGAUUCAACUGUCUUGUUACACCUGCUUAGAGCUGGCUAUUAUUUGCAUAAAGAAGAAAAAAGUUGUGCCAGCGUGGGUCUCGUUGAUCAUUUUGAAUUUCCAAUCCGAACUAUAUAUUUUGAGACCCCUUCUACCUUUACCGAGAUCAACUCAUUCACCUAUGAAACAGCCUCGACAUAUGGAUUACAAAUGGAUAUUAUUCGCUUAGAUUUUAAAUCUGGCUUGGAAGCUCUUCUCAAAGCAAAUCCAAUAAAAGCUGUUUUUCUGGGUGUUCGUAUUGGUGAUCCAACUGCGGUUGGUCAAGAACAAUUUUCACCUAGCUCGCCUGGAUGGCCAUCAUUCAUGAGAGUUAAUCCAAUCUUGGAUUGGUCCUACAGGGAUGUUUGGGCUUUCCUUCUAACCUGCAAGGUCCAGUACUGCAGUCUUUAUGACCAGGGUUAUACUUCGAUUGGGAGCAUACAUGACACAGUUCCAAAUGAUUUAUUGUGCAUACAAGAUUCUAAAGAUGAUAAAAGAUCAUUCAAGCCUGCAUAUUUACUACCAGAUGGAAGAUUGGAAAGAGCGGGUAGAGCAAAGAAGUUUUCAGCAAACCCCAUGAAAUCUCCGGUUAUUAGUAAUGGUGACAUAAAAACUGUGGAUAUACAUCACAACAGCUUACAUACUGCUUCUGUUAUUGCUGUGGGUGAUGAGAUUCUAUCUGGAAUUGUUGAGGACAAGGUUGGACAUUCCUUGUGUAGGAAGCUCUGUUCUAUAGGGUGGGCUGUAGCACGAAUGUCUGUCGUACGAAAUGAUAUAGAUUCUGUUGCCGAAGAAGUUGAACGAUGUAAAGGCAAAAGCGAUAUGGUGUUCGUAUAUGGAGGGGUUGGGCCAUUGCAUUCAGAUGUUACUGUAUCUGGAGUUGCGAAAGCAUUUGGAGUCCGAACGGCUCCUGAUGAGGAAUUUGAAGAAUAUCUAAGGCAUCUUAUUGGUGAAAAAUGUACUGGUGACAGAAAUGAGAUGGCUCAGCUGCCUGAGGGUAUCACUGAAUUGCUGCAUCAUGAGAAGCUGCCUACGCCUCUGAUCAAGUGUCUGAAUGUAAUAAUUCUUGCUGCAACAAAUAUUACUGAGUUGGAUGUGCAAUGGGAUUGUCUAACUGAAUUAACAAGAUCCAGUGGUCUUCUCAGUUCCAUUGAACCAUUUGUGUCAAAGCGCUUGGCAAUGAAUAUUUCAGAUGUUAAGGCUGCUCAACCUCUAUCAAAACUGCCUCUUGAAUUCCCAGAUAUAUACAUUAGAUGUUAUCGGGAGUCCAGAAAUGGACCUCUUAUAGUAUGUCUAGAAGGCAAGGAUCAAGCAAGAAUAGAGGUAGCUGCAGAAGCGUUGAGCAAGAAAUUUGAGCCAGGGGUGUUGGACAUAAAUCAGCAGAGCUAAGAAUUGUUUGCCUUUUCCAGAGUGGUUUAAGAGUAAAGUGUCUGUCGGCUGCUGAGGGCUUCAGUAUUCAGGCCACUAAACAGAGGCAACAAAUGUCUUACAUAGAGUAAAUGUGAGAAUUACGGGACUCAAAUGUAUCAAUACAACAUGACAGUCCCUCUUCAAGGAAGAAAAUAGGAGUGGAUUAGGAAGAAAAAACACAAUUGUAUUCCUGACAUGGACAGAAAUUAUACACUGGAGCCUGACAAGCUGUUUAGAAUUUAAUAUAUCAUCUCACGAUAUGUUAGAUUUGAGUUGCUUUAAUUGUACCAUUAUAGUAACUUUGUAAUCAUAUUUCAUUCAAAAGAAGUUUUUUUAAGAA